CCCCCCGUAGGCCCGAACUCCCCGUCGGGAGGGUGAGGCGAGGAUGCUGCGGGAAGGCGAGAUCUGCGCCGGAGACCGGUUAAGCGGCGCCGCCGCCCGGGGGGACUUGGCCCAGGUGCGGCGUCUCUUACACCAGGAGCUGGUGCAUCCCGAUUCCGUGAACCGGUUCGGCCGCACCGCGCUGCAGACCAUGAUGUUUGGGAGCCCUUCCAUUGCCCUGGAGCUGCUGAAGCAAGGAGCCAGCCCCAACGUCCAAGAUGCGUCGGGCAUAACACCCGCUCACGACGCUGCCCGCACCGGCUUUCUGGACACACUGCAGGCCCUGGUGGAACACGGGGCUGACGUGAAUAUACCCGAUGCCGAAGGGUCCCUGCCUUUCCAUCUGGCCGUGCGUGAGAGGCACCUAACCGUGAUGGCCUACCUGGCCCCACGAACCAAACUCAAGCCCCGGGACCCCAACAGCCACGAUCCACCCGAGCCAGAGGAGCAGCCAGGGUGGGUCGAGACCCCCGAGAUGGCAGAUCCCGCCGAGAGGGACUCCUCUCCCUCCAUGCUGUGACACUGCCCCCGCUGCCACCGAGACAACUGCCCCCCGAAUGCCGGGGGCAAUUGUCCCUUAGAUCCUUCCCACCCGAUUCCGAGCUGAAGGCGGGGGGGGGGGGGCAGGCUGCUUGAGCUGUUUGUUGUGGCUCGUUUGUGUUUGUUCUAUCCACGGAGGAGUGGGGAUUUCUCUCACUAACCUCCUCUCCCACCCCGCUCCCUUUGUUAAAUGAAAAGGGCAGCCAGUUAGAAGGGGAAGAGUUCGUUCUAGAUGUGGGAGGAACAACUAGGGAGCGAACCACCUUUGUGUCUCCCAGGUGUGAUGAACGGUUCUUGCUCUCUGGGGUGGGGGGGUGGGGCUGGGGUGUUUUACCUGCCCAUUCACCGGAGUGCACCCUCGUGCCUGUUGUGAGUUCCAGUGACCUCACUCCAGCCCCUCCCACCCUGUUUCCUAAGCCCCGAGAAGGGAUGGAAAGAGAGCUGGCCCCUACCCUGUAAUCCAGAGUUCGAACUGGGUGAAAAGUUUUGUGGGAAGAGGAGGCCAGGAGACUGGGGACUUUCAUGUGUUGACUAUUCCCAGUCCUCCACUUGUACAGUGUUUUUAAUUGAUUCUAUUUAUUUUCUUUGGCGAGAGAAGAGAGAGCUAUUGGAUGUAUGAUAAUUUAAUGUUUUUACCCAUUAAAUUAAGAUUUAACAGC